CACAUUCAACGAAAUACUCCAAAAUAUUAGCAUAGCGGGGACAAAUCGUCAUGCUUCUAGGCGACUGUUGAUAAAAUGAUUCGUUCUUCGUGCCGCUUUGAGAGGCUGAUGAUGAUUCUUUACGCGAUUAUUCACGUGAAUUGCACGUGAUUCUUCGCGUGGAUUCACGUGAUUGAGGAUGAUUCUUCACGCGCUGUACGAUGGUACCUGUGGUCCUGUGUCGUAUUGUAUUGUUACUUUGCCUUUUUUUCCAAUUGCAGAUGGUGAAGUUAUUUACAGGUGUUUAUGAGUCUCCUUCUAGAAAGGAAAGUGAAGGUGAAGUUAUGACUGAUAGUGGAAAUACAUCACCUAAUAGUGGAAAUACAUCACCUAAGACCUUAGUGUCACCGAAGAGAUCACCACUUCUUCAAAAUCUCAAUAGAAAUAAUGGGAAUUCUGUAGUAAUGAAAAAUACUGAAAAUUCAAGUGCUAAAGACGAAUGCGGUAACGAGAAAAAGAGACGUAGGGAAAUUUCCUCAGAUGAGGAUGAAGAGAAUUUGUUAGGUUUUCAAAAGAAGCGAAAGGUCUGUAUGUCUGCAGGCGAUGAUUUCCAGAAUUUGUGUUCACACAACGCAACAAAUGGAGACUUAGUUUCACGUGACGUAUCAUUAUGUUUGGAUUCAAUGUUGGACAUGGUACGUCAAUAUCUUAAUCACUUUGAAUUCAGCUUUUCAGCGCGUUAAUUCACAACCACCCACAAUGUAUUUGAUCGUGCACCGCCCACUAUUAGAUGUAUAAUGACAGAAGCAAUAUUUUUGCUACACAGUACAACAAAACUUUUAUUCGAGCAACUUGAUGCAUGGCCUAGCUGGACUGUUUAAUUGGGAGGACAUAUAUUCCUAUAUUCAUGUUUACAUAUCAUAGGAACAAUGGCGGCUUAUGGCGCACUAAAGAAAUAAGU